AUGAGAUUACUAUAUUUGAUAAAUAAAGUUUUAGAUACAGAUUAUGAAAAUAUUGAUACAAAAAAUAAACUGGAAAUAAGUUUUGCUCUGUAUUCUCCUCAAGGAAAGAAUCUUAUUUCUGAGACAAAAAAAUCUGAUGGAAUACAUAGGUAUGAUAUUCAAGAAACAGGAGAUUACAAAUUUUGUUUUGAUAAUAAAUUUAGUCAUUUUUCAACAAAAACUGUCUACUUUGACAUUUUCAUUGAUUCUGACGAUGACGACGACGAUGAAGAAGCAUGGAAUAAUCCAGAUAUUACAUUCCAACCAGAUACUUUACAAAAUGAUACUUUGAGUCAAAUUAAACAAUCUAUCAAUAAUGUCAGGGAUAAAUUGAAUCAAAUUCAGCAUUUCCAAAACCAAAGAAGAUCAAUCGGAACUCGUCGCCAGAAUAUCCAGGAACACAAUCAUUCUGCCAUAAAUACUUUCUCCAUUAUUAUUAUAAUAACUAUGUUUCUAGUUGGAAGUGUUCAAGUCAUAAUGGUAAGAAGUUUGUUUGAAGAAAAAAGUAAACUGCACAAAAUAUUUAAACUAUUAUCAUAAGGAAGUAGAGUUUACACAAUUAGAUUUUAAAUUGUUUUGUUAUUUUACUUAUAAUUCUUGACCAAUGAGAUUUUAGAAUAUAAAAUUCAUCAGCACACUGUAAUUAGGGAUGUACUGACUGUUGGUUUUAAUAUUGGUUGGUUAUCAGUUAUUAAAAAUUACAAAUUAAAAUAUUUGCAAUAAUCCAUCAUUAACCUUUAUAAUAAACAAUGACAUAUAUUUACACUGAAAAUUUAUUUACAAACAACUAAGUUUAUAAUGUGUACACAAACUAAGAAUUUAAUUUAGUAUUAUACUUAACUAAAUUUAUAUUUUGCUAAUAGAAUCCUAUCUUGUAAUUGACAAGACUAUAUCUUGUCUCUAAAAUCACGCUACUGUCAACGGCUGCACAUCUUAGAGGUAUGAAGGGACUACGUGUCAGGAGUUGCAAUUUAGGACAGAGUAUUUGGUGCCCAAAUCAUGCGCACACGAAAUAAACCUGACUUGUAGGUAGUCAGGGGACCAAAAACCGGGUCAAAAUAAAAUAUGAAAUGUUGAAACUGUUUCUACAAAUAGAAGUGAGUGCGAGAUAUGCGCAUGCGUUGCUCGUGUUCUCCAAGACACGGUCUCGUCCCAAAAAUGGCUUCGUCAUUUUACUUGGUUUUAAGAUAGAAUAAGUAGUUUUUGAAAGAUAACAUUAUGACAGCUGCGUUUUAUAUAUGUCAUUUAAAAAUUAUUUUUGACUUGAAAAUGGCUUAUUCUGUAAUUCUGAACAAACUCUUAGUUUUGUCCAGAAUUUAUUAAUGUGUGUGAAGAAACCUUCAUAGAACAAAGGAUUGAAAUAUUUUAAUAUUGUAAUUAUUAAAUUAUAUGGAUGAAUUAGUCCUUUGUAUAGACUGGUUUUUUAAUUAGGAAAGACAAAAAUUUUAUACUGCAUGUAAUUUUGUAAGUUUAAAAAAGAAAAAAUUAUCAUCUUACAGAAAAUAUGAAUUUUUUUCAAUUUUAGAAAAUAAAUUUCAUAUUUGAUCUGAUAAAAUUACCUUAUCUGUUCUUCCUGACAAUUGAUUACUUUUUAAUAAUUCCAAUUUACAUAGAAUAAAUAAAAAUUAGUUAAAAGAACAUUUGCUUGAAGAAUCAAAGGCUGAUUUUUUAAUUCAGCAAAAAGCUAAUAAAGCAGAUUUUAUUUGCUUUUUUUGGAAUUAGGAAUUUUUCAAUAAAUAAACUAAUAAAUUCACAUUCUUCAUUGAACAAACAACUUCAUGAAUAAACAACUUCACAUUAAGGUGUGAAGUUGUUUAUUGUUUAUCAAUAAUAAAACUGCAAAUUAAAUACACUAAUCAUUUAUUAGAUAUUUUACAUUUUAUUGGAACUGUGUUCAUAUUUCUACAGUUUAAUUUGCAGAAAAAGAUUCUGAACUGCAAGAAAGUUAAUACUAUUAUUUUCUAAUUACAUAACUUUUAAAAACCAUAGAAGAAUAUAUUUGUCAUUUUUAGACUAUGCUUGUUAAUAAUGCACUAAAAGGAAGAUUACUACUAUAUUACGUUAACAAAAAAAAAGUACAAACACAACUAGCCAAUUGACUGGAAAAACUGUAUUCAGCACAUCCCUAAUUAUAAUUUAAGCAUAUUUUUUUUAUUUCCAUUCUCGUGUCACAUAUUUGAAACUUAUUUCUACUUUUUAAGUUGUGUUUAAAUGUGAUAUUUUAUAAAUUUACACAAAUUGUGAAUAUAUUAUAUAUAUUACAUUGUCAAAUAUAACAUUUUACAGUAUUUAUAUUAUAUUAAUAUAAUAAAAAUUUCAAAAUGACUACUCAAUUAUAAGUUCUGUUAAUCAAAAUGAAAAAUUUUUGGCAAAAAUGUUUUUCAAUGAUUAAAAUACUUUUAUAAAAGUAUUUUAAUUAAAAUUUUGCAUCAAUGUAAUUGAUCAAUAAUAAAGCUGAUCUUAUUUAUAAACA